AUGGGAUAUGGCCCCAUAGAAAUUUAUAUUACGAAUUUUUAAACUUUAAAAUUAAUAAAUAGUAAAAUAAAUUAAGGAGAAAAGUCUUAAUUUAAAGGACUACAUUAAUAUCCUGAUUGCUAUUGGUAAAAAGUAAAACAUAACUACUAUUUAACUUCAAUUUUCUUAACUUCAAUAUUUGAUUUAUAAAUUGAUGGAUUAAUAAUAUAUAAAUCUUAAUCUUAAAACUAUCCACUGUUAUAUGUUAAGUCUCAAGAUAAAGCGAAGCAAAUAUAACAGGAAAAAAUCCUAUAAUCAAAUAUGUUGUUAAUUACUUAGUUACAAUAAUAAACAUCUAUUAUUUUUAUUGAGUCAUCUUAACCUACUUAAAUAAAGCUGUCAAAUAAUUAAUUUUAUGAGAAUAUUCUUCUUGAAUAUUUAUAGGAUAGCCUUUAACCAUCAGCUUUCCUCUUAAAUAUUGACUGCUAUUUGGGAACAAUUGAAAUAAGUAAUUCUAAGUUUUCAAAAACUCAAUUAUUAAUAGUACACAUGAUAUAAUUUAUAUCAAAAGUUAUAAACUAAUUAUGGCCUAAAAUAUUUUUCAACAAAAUAGUCUUUAUGAUUAUGAAGUUAUUAAACCUUAUAUAUUAUGGGGAAAAUUUGAAUCAGAGUUUGCAUAUAUUGAAGAUUUUGAAUAAAUCUUUAACAGGAUAUGGCUAAUUUUUGCUUUGA